AAAAAAUUCAUCUCAAUCGUUUCUUAGCCAGGUCUUUCUUUUACCCUAUUUCCCUAUUUAUAAAACACGCAUUUGGGGAUUCUGAUUUCUCUCCCGCUGGUACCUUCACGGCUCGAUUGAAGACUUGGAAUCAUGGUGGUCAGACUUUAACAAAGCUGCGAUUUUCGAGGAAUGCAUUUUUUGCAGAGGAGAAGGAAAAGUUUUCGAAGCUCUUGCAAGAAGAUGAUUUUUAUACGAUAAGAUUGCCAUCAAAUGUUUUGAGUCCUCCUGGGAGGGAAUUUGUUAUUUCAUCAGUGAAAGCGAGAUGUCUUCCACGAGAUGGCUUGGAUGAGCAUAUUGUUAUCAACACUGACGGUGUCAAUAUCUUGGGUGUUACUUAUGGGUCCCCUGGGGCAUGCCCAUAUCCUCGACAGUUGAAACUUGUGAAUAGGAACGCCACAGAUGAUGAUUUGAAGAAAGCUUACAGGAGAUUGGCCAUGAAAUGGCACCCUGAUAAGAAUCGUAAUAACAAAAAGGAAGCCGAAGCUACAUUUAAGCAGAUCUCUGAGGCUUAUGAGGUAUUGAGUGAUCCUCAUAAGAAACAAAUUUAUGAUCAAUAUGGUGAAGAAGGAUUAAAGGACAUGCCACCACCAGGAACUUCUGGAUCUCCAUUUGGAAAUGGAGGUUGCUCAAAUGGGUUUAAUCAAAGGAAUGCAGAGGACAUCUUUGCAGAGUUCUUUGGAAGUAGUCCUUUUAGUUUUGGUUCAUCAGGACCAGGGAGAUCUAUGAGGUUUCAGUCAGAUGUAGGAGGAGGAAAUUUUGGUGGAUUCGGUGGUGGUGAAAAUAUUUUCCGGUCAUAUAGUGAAGGUCUUGUUCCAAAGAAACCACCAGCUGUGGAGAGCAAAUUGCCUUGCAGCCUUGAGGAACUAUAUUCUGGCUCAACUAGGAAAAUGAAAAUCUCAAGAACUGUAGCAUGUGCCAAUGGUUCACAGAAAAAGGGCAAAUUUUUGUCACAGUUCAUCUUGUUGAGGAGGUAAUUGAGUAAUUGACUCGAUAGAUGUUGAGACUGAAACCUCAUCAAAGAACACUUUUAUUGCAAUUUUUCUAGGAUUUUCAAUUGCGUGGGUACUGAUUUUGCUGCCCUUUUAUAUUUUAAAGUUAUUUGUUUUGUGAAAAAAAUAGUAAUAAUAAUAAUUUGUUUAUAUAUGUGUAAGUAUAUUUGUGGGUUUGUUUAAAUUGUAUAAUAUUUUUUGUAAGUAUAUAUGUGUAAGUAUUUUUGUGUAAGUAUUUUUGUGGGUUUGAGUUGAAUUUACAUAAUUUUUUAAUUA